AUGGCGGAUUCACUGGCUUCUCAGCUGAAUCAAACAAGACUAGGGUUCGUUCCCCGGGAAAAUGGAGCAGAAGUCAAGUGGAAGGAACAGCUCAAACUUCCUCCGAAAGAUACCAGAACACAAACAGAGGAUGUCACAGCUACCAAAGGACUAGAAUUUGAAGACUUCUAUAUCAAGCGAGAAUUGAUGAUGGGAAUAUUCGAGGCGGGUUUCGAGAAACCUUCUCCAAUUCAAGAGGAAACCAUACCCGUUGCACUUACUGGGCGUGAUAUCCUUGCCAGGGCGAAAAAUGGAACCGGAAAAACAGCUGCUUUUGUUAUACCUACCUUAGAGCGCACCAACCCCAAAAUAUCGAAAACACAGGCCCUCAUACUCGUUCCUACAAGGGAGUUAGCGCUUCAGACUUCUCAAGUAUGCAAAACCCUAGGAAAGCAUCUCGGAAUCAAUGUGAUGGUUACCACCGGAGGAACUGGUCUCCAGGAUGACAUUAUUCGAUUAAAUGACACUGUCCAUAUCAUAGUCGGAACGCCCGGGAGGAUUCUUGAUCUCGCGAGUAAGGGCGUGGCAGAUUUAUCCGAAUGCGCAACUUUUGUGAUGGACGAAGCUGACAAGCUUCUAUCCCCGGAAUUUACGCCUGUCAUCGAACAGUUAUUGUCAUUCCAUCCCAAAGAUCGCCAGGUUAUGCUGUUUAGCGCGACUUUCCCAAUGAUUGUGAAGUCUUUUAAGGAUAAACAUAUGCGGAAUCCAUAUGAAAUCAACUUGAUGGAUGAACUUACUUUACGGGGUAUCACUCAAUAUUAUGCCUUCGUGGAAGAGAGACAGAAGGUCCACUGUCUGAAUACUCUAUUUUCCAAGCUCCAAAUCAAUCAGUCUAUUAUCUUUUGCAAUUCUACAAACCGAGUGGAGUUGCUUGCAAAGAAGAUCACCGAGCUCGGCUACUCUUGCUUUUAUUCUCAUGCAAGGAUGUUUCAGCAGAAUCGGAAUCGCGUAUUCCAUGAUUUCCGCAAUGGCGUGUGCCGCAACCUUGUGUGUUCAGACCUGUUGACUCGAGGAAUUGAUAUUCAAGCGGUCAACGUCGUCAUCAAUUUCGACUUCCCAAAAAAUGCUGAAACAUACCUCCACCGAAUUGGUCGUUCCGGUCGGUUUGGCCAUCUUGGGCUGGCAAUCAAUCUUAUUGGUUGGGAGGAUCGCUAUAAUCUAUACAAGAUCGAACAAGAAUUGGGAACCGAAAUUCAGCCUAUACCACCGUCCAUUGACAAGAAACUUUACGUUUAUGAUACCCCCGAAACCAUCCCACGUCCUAUUGCAAAUGCACCGUCGGGGCGUAAUACAUUAUCCACGCAACAAGCAACUAACUCGGAAAGCCAACACCGUCGUCAAGGUCAUCCUGGUAGUGGACACGGACAGCAAGCAGCGAAUCGAGGACAACAGUCUCGCGGGUCCUACAGGGGAGGCCGCGGCCAGGGCCACCGCGCAAAUCACCCGGAGAGCAAUCGCAUGAAUCCCGGCUUGCCAGCCUCCACGGCUCCAACUUCAUAA